CUCUGGAGGAGCUCUGCGCAUGGCGAGUCUGUGUCCUCCCUGUCACCCCGAGCAGAGACCCUCCCUGUGUCUGGACCGGGGAGGAGCAGACGCUGGACAGGUUUCUGGGAGAAUGCUGGCAAUUCCCAGGAAGAUACGUGGAGAACGGAAAGGUUGCUACACCCAAAUAGUGACGCAAAGGCUGUGAUUAUGGAGGAUUGGACCUGCAAACUCCAGAACAGAGUUCUGCCCUCUGAGGACCCUGCCCUUUCCCAAAAGGAGUAUCUUGAGAAGGAAAAUAUGGCUGCUCUUUGCCAGACAGCAGAGUCCCAGAACCCCAUGCAGGUGUUUCAGGGCUUUGUGUCAUUCAAGGAUGUGGCUGUGAACUUCGCUGAGGAAGAAUGGAGAGAACUGGACCCUGCUCAGGGAGUCUUGUAUAGGGAUGUAAUGCUGGAGAACUAUAGGAACCUGGUCUCCUUGGGAUUUCCAUUUUCCAAACCUGGUAUCAUCUCCCAGUUGGAAGAAGUGUUAAACCCACGAAUGCAAAUGCAGGAGGGAGAGGUGCCAAGAAGCAGCUGUACACGUAAGUGAGAACAAGGUGGAUUGCAUCUUUAGAAAUAAGAGUUAGGGGUUCUUCCCAAAUCCUCCGGGCCUGUAGAAAAUGUCGAAUCCCCCUGCAGUCUCAUCUUCACUUGACCACAUCAGAAUCCUAAGAGCUUACCCCUCUAUUUCUUCCCAGACUCAAGGAAGAGAUACUUCCUCCUUAAAGUUAUAAGCCCAACACAUGAUCCAGAGAUCAGCUUUGUGCCUCAUCCUGAGGCAUUUUAUGAGGCUAUUCCG